AAUGGAUAACAUCACCUAAACCUCCAUUAAAAUUAUAUUUAUGUGACUGGGUUCAAGAUAAUUUAUUGCAAUAUGGUGUAAUUUUACAGCGCUCAAAAUUAGGACAAGCUUAUUUGUUUGAGAAUGGUAUUAUUUUAAAAAAGGAAGAUAAAUUAGAACUUGAUAAGAUUCCUUUUACUGAGGAUAGUUCAACAUUUGGCAUUCCUCUAAAAGAUUUUAAGAAUUCAAAAAAUCAACAUUCAAAAACGAUUUAUUGUCAAAUAAUUUUUCAAACGGUAAAGAUUACUUUCGACCUACAGGAAAUUAAAUAUUUAAAGGAAUUCUUAAAUGCAAAAAGUUUUGAAUUAUCAAAUAAUGAUUCAUCGAAAAAUCUUUGCAAGUUGUUUGGAUAUUUAUUACCAAGAACUUUUACUUUAGGUGGAGUUUUAUCAAAAGAAUACAUAUUAAAUAAUAACCCCACAGAUUUCUCAACAUUACAAUUACUUAAUAAAGAGAAUGUACCCGAUACACCUCAAAAAAUUGUGCAAUUAUUAGAAACAUGGAAUAAUAAAUAUGAAGAUGUUAAUACUUCAUUUUUUAAUAAUAAGUGA